UACUACUUAAGAGGUCAAGUGUGUGUUGUUUUCGCACAACAAUUACAAUAUAACAUUUUUAAUUUAAUUUCUAACCAAAAUCACUCCUUACUUUAAUAGAAAUUUUUAUAACGUCUAUAUUCAUUAUGGGCGAUGACAUUAAUAUAGAUAGUGAAAUUCAAACACAAACACAGACACAAAAUUCUCAAGUAGAAUGGAGCCAAAAUACCCCAUCAUUUAUUCCAAAUAUCUGGGGCAGAUUAUAUCCCACAAGACCGUCAUUGAAUGGACAAAAUUGCUGGAAAAACAAACCACCAGGAUACUAUGAUCUCAUUCAGGCAGAAUUUAGUUUGGGAAGAUCUUUUUCCUGUACUUAUGUGAUUAGAAAGGAAAUGGUCAAUGAAAACAUAAUUAAAAAUAUUAGCAAACAACAUUUUAUUCUGAAGAGAGACUUAUCGGAACCUCUCUGUCCGGCGAUUAUUACAGAUUUAUCCCAUAAUGGUACAUUUGUAAAUGGAAUCUUAGUUGGCAAAGGUAACAGCCGUAUUCUUGAUGACAAUGAUGUCAUUUCAGUUUCCCACCAAUCUAUGAAAAUUUUUGUAUUUAAAGAUUUAUUUAAAAAUGAACAAGACCAAGUACCUCGGGAAAUCUCUAAAAAAUAUUAUAUAUCUAGGUUGUUAGGCCAAGGUGCUUGUGGUAUUGUCAAAUUAGUUUAUGAUAAGAUAAAAUGCACUAAGUAUGCUAUGAAAAUAAUUAAGAAAAGUCGACUGACUAAUGGACAAUUUAACAAUCUUAAUGACCCAAAGAAAAUUAUGAAUGAGAUUAAUAUCAUGAAAGCACUUAAACAUCCUUGUGUGAUUUCAACUGAGGAAGUGAUGGACACCCGUGACACAGUAUACAUCAUCCUAGAAUUAAUGCAAGGAGGAGAACUUUUCGACAGAAUUUCAAAGCAACAUCGUCUAACUGAACAACUUACUCGAUUCCUAUUCAGACAAAUGGUGCUAGCUGUCAAAUAUCUACACUCUCAAGGCAUCACUCACAGAGACCUCAAGCCCGAACAAGUAUAAUGUAUUACUGGAGAGAGUAAAGAUGAAAGGACUCUAGUCAAAAUAACUGACUUUGGAAUGAGCAAGUUUGUUGGUGAGGAUAGCUUCAUGAAGACAAUGUGUGGAACGCCACUCUACUUAGCACCUGAAGUUCUUAUGGCAAAUGGACAAAGAUGCUAUGGUCCCCAAGUUGAUGUAUGGAGCUUGGGAGUAAUACUCUUUGUAUGUGUUACUGGCUAUUUGCCAUUUUCAACAGAACACAGAUUCACGACACUGAAAGAUCAAAUUGUUAAAGGACAAUACUGUACGUCACUAUCGCAAUGGAGAAAAAUUAGUGUACAAGGCAAACACCUCAUAGGAAGAAUGCUGACUGUGCAACCCGAGAGACGUAUAACACUUGACGAAAUAUUAAAUCAUCCUUGGAUGCAGGAUGAAGAUGUUAUAAUUAGUGUUAAUAAGUUGCUCUCGAACACUACACAAAUGAACUUUAGUGAGUUAACAAUAUCAUCGACAUCGACAUCUGUUUUGGAUCAAGAGAAUAGCAAUUCUGAUGGCGUGACUGUGAAAUUGGCAGCUACUGGCAAACGAGCGUUAAGUGACAGCUCUAAUUCUUCUGAACCAAACCCAAAGAAACUCAAACUAGCAAUUGAAGAAAGAAACAAUAAUGACAGUAGUUCCACUAACAGUUACUGUUCUGGGGAAUAA